AUGCCCGAGAGGAAGGUCAGCUCUGCCCGGGCGGUGGUGGAGGAGGAGCCUAAGACGAGAUCGGCGUGGUUGUCGGCUAAACCAGCUCCAGCAAACCUGGAAACAAAGCCCAAGAAGGUAGCUGGGAACCUUAAGUGGUCAGACAAAAAACAAAUGCGUGCAGGGGGGAAGAGAGGGGCAAAGGUAACACAGGCCGAGGCAGCUGACCAAGAAACUAUAGAUCUGCCUACAGAAAACAGAGAAACUAAAACUGGGGAGAGUCGAGCCUCUGAGGAAGCAGGAGAGAAGGGAGCCAUGUCUGAUAAAUAUCAUGUACCAUGUCUCAUCAGUGGUCCUAUCUCCCUUCUUGGACAAUCCGGGAGAAUGUUUUAG